AUGACUCAUUCUUCUGUCAAGUUGCUGUUUACUCUCUUUAUCUUCUCUGCCAUAAGUCUUGCUGCACCGGCUGCUGUAGAACCAACAGUGACAAUCUCUGCUGGCACGAUCAUAGGCACAGCAACGAAACCCAUCAACCAGCCAUCACUUUCAGCCUCUGCAAAUGCUUACCUUGGAGUGCCAUUUGCGAAGUCACCACCAGAAAGGUUCAGUCUGCCAGAAGCAGCAUCUCCAUGGUCAGCGCCAUUGCAGGCUCAGGCCGUCAAGCCAGCGUGCAUCCAGCAGUUCUCUGGCUCAAGUCAGACGCAGGCACUAACAAAGCAAUUUUUCAACAAUCCCAACGGACCGGCUCCGGAAGAAAGUGAGGAUUGUCUGUACCUCAAUGUCUACACUCCGCCAGGUGUGACGCCUAACAGUAAGAAGGCCGUUAUGUUCUGGCUAUUCGGUGGCAAUCUCCAAUUCGGGACCGCGGGUCUUGGAUUCUACGAUGGCAGCUCCCUCGCUAUCACUCAGGAUGUUGUGGUAGUCACCACCAACUACCGUACCAACAUCUUCGGCUUCUCCAAUUCGCCAGAGGUCCCAUUUGGUUCCCAGAACUCGGGCUUCCUCGACCAGCGCUUUGUAUUGCAAUGGGUACAACAGAACAUUGCUGCCUUCGGAGGCGACCCUACUCGUGUGACCCUCUUCGGCGAAUCUGCAGGCGGCGAGUCCGUCAAGCAGCUCCUUGCUAAUCCACCGUCCCCACGUCCCUUUUCAGCCGCUAUCCUGGAAAGUCAGAACGCUGUCUUCACAGGCAACGGUCUGACAAGCUACAAGCAAGUGCUUGCAAACUUUGGCUGCAAGGACGUCACAUGCUUAAGGAAGGUAGACGUAACAGCAAUCAAGAGAUUUAUCGAAGUAAACAGCCUGAAUUUCCCGCCCGUGGACGGUGAUGGUACAUCUAUCGACGAUGUCAGAACCAGUAUCCUGACGAGGAAGUUCGCUAACGUGCCAACAUUCUUCGGCUCCAACCUUAACGAAGGCCGUGUCUUCUUCGCCGUACUGGGUCUCAAUAAUGGUACUGCAGCCGUCGACGGCGCGCUGACCAGUGUUGGCACCACAGACCCGAAGGCCAGGCAGAGUAUCUUGGCGGUGUACACAGCACAGGGUAUUGAAGAUCUUUUCGUGAUCGCAGACCGCAUCGUCACCGACCUGAUCUUCACAUGCUCCACGAGCACUCUGUCCUCUUUCCUAGCCUUGAACGGCUACACAACCUACCGAUACCGAUACGAUGCAUCCUUCCCAACCACAUCCGUCUUCGCGCCAACUCAGUUUGGCACUGUCGCGACGCAGCAAAUCGACUUGAGCGCAUUCAUGCAGAAGACUUGGGCGGGCUUUGCAAAGAAUCCAGCUGGUGGAGUUGGGUGGGCAAGAGUGGGCAGCGCGCUCGGGAAGGAGUUGGGGUUACUGGGAAGUAAUGGCAGUAGCGGGGUGAACGUGGUUAACAACCUUGUGUCUGACUAUCCGUGCGUGGUUUAUGCGCCGAUCGGGGACUUGUUGAAGUUCACCUACAGAUAA